AUUAAUUUUCCUUGUUUUUUACUAAUUUUCCCAGAUUAUUACCUCACAUCUUUCAUUGAGUUGAUGAUUCAUGUUGUGGACAUUCUCAAUUAUUAUAUUUCUAAUUUAAUACUAUUCUAUCUAAUUCCUCAAAACAAGCAAAUUUCAAUUAAACCCAGCUAUAUUAUAAUACCUUUUGAUUUAGUUUUCCUUGCAAGAAAUAAACAAAACACAUCUAAACUAAACCUAACCUCGCUUUUGGCCAUUCAUUCAUCUCCGUGUCAAAUAAUUUCGACAGUCGCCAUCGCCAUAUUGAAAGCGACUUGUUUAGUGUCGAAAUUUGAUUUAGAAUCAGGGCCAUGAAAUGAAAAGCCCUAUUAAAAAAUGAGAAAGUACUAAAGUACAUACAAAAAUGUAUUGUAUUUCCGAAACAUGUAGAACAUGUAAAAGUAAAAAUAAAACAUUGGUAAACCGUAAACCAAACUGAAUGUGAAUCGAUCUCCAAUAAAGUACCGUAGCUCCAUCGAUUAAUGAUAGGACAAAUGCUUCCUUAGUUCCUUCUCCUUGUUCCUUCACAGAUUUUGAUUUAUUUCACUUUUUGGGUGUAAAAUGUAAAAUGGUGUAAAAUUUUAUUUAUUUCUGUAUGGUGUAAAUUGUUUUUAUUUAUCUAUGCAUAAAAUCAAAUGGAAGUAAAACGAGAAAUUAGUGAGGAAACGUGUAAAACAGAAAUAGAGUAUAAUCACUUGGAUGAGGCUGUUUUGGAUGAAUUUAAAUGUGAAAUUCAGGAGGAGUCCAAUAGAGAAAGUACUCUCGACACAUAUCAAUCUUUGGAUUUGAAGAAAUGCCCCAUAAAUACUGAAAUAGAACAACAUGGCAAUCCAUUUGAGGAAAACCAAGAAACUGAAACAGGUUGUCUUCAAGAGGAAACAAAAGUGGAAAUUAUGGAAGAACCCAUUGAAGGUUCAUCUUACAAAGGAAAUGAUGUGAGUCUACACACCGAAGGAACAACAUUAAAUAAAAUUAUAAAAGUUGUGACUGGAAAAAGACCUUUUAAAUGUGAAAUUUGUUUAAAACAGUGUAGUUCCGCUAGUUAUUUGACAAGACAUUUGAGAGGGCACACUGGAGAAAAACCUUACAAGUGUGAGAUUUGUUUUAAGCAAUAUAGUGGAUCAAGUCGUUUGAAAGGACAUUUUAGAGUACACACUGGGGAAAAUCUUUCCAAAUGUGAGAUUUGUUUUAAACAAUUUGUUUCAGCAAGUGAUUUAAAAAGACAUUUGAGAGUACACACUGAAGAAAAACCUCACAAGUGUGAGAUUUGUUUUAAGCAAUUUAGUGACCCAAGUACUUUGAAAAAACAUUUGAGAGUGCACACUGGGGAAAAACCUUACAAGUGUGAAACUUGUUUAAAACAGUUAGGUUCUGCUAAUUAUUUGAAAAGACAUUUGAGAACACAUACAGGGGAAAAACCUUACAAGUGUGAGAUUUGUUUUAUGCAAUUUAGUGAAGCCGCUAAUUUGAAAAGACAUUUGAGAGUGCACACUGGGGAAAAACCUCACAAGUGUGAGAUUUGUUUCAAGCAAUUUACUCAAGCAAAUGGUUUGAAAAUACAUUCGAGAGUGCACACUGGGGAAAAACCUCACAAGUGUGAGAUUUGUUUAAAACAAUAUAGUAGUGCAAGUGAUUUUAAAGUACAUUUGAGAGUGCAUACGGGGGGAAAACAUAAGUGUGAGAUUUGUUUUAAGCAGUUUUCUCACAAAGGUUCUUUUGAACAACAUUUAAGAGUCCACACUGGAGAAAUACCUUAUAAGUGUAAUAUUUGUUUUAAACAAUUUAUUACAGCAGGUAAUUUCAAAUAUCAUUUGAGAGUGCACACUGGGGAAAACCCUUUCAAGUGUGAGAUUUGUUUUAAGAAAUUUAGUACUCCAGGUGCUUUGAAAAAACAUUCGACAGUGCACACUGGAGAAAAACCUUAUCAGUGUGAGAUUUGCUGUAAUCGGUUUGCUCAAAAAUAUCAAUUAACUACUCACAUGACAGUACACAACGGAGAAAAACCACACAAGUGUGAAAUUUGUUUAAAACAGUUUAGUACUGCAAGUGCUUUGACAAAACAUUUGAGAGUGCACACUGGGGAAAAACCUUACAAGUGUGAAAUUUGUUUUAAGGAAUUUACUGAAUUAGGUAGUUUGAAAAAACAUUUGAGAGUGCACACGGGGGAAAAACCUUACAAGUGUGAUAUUUGUUUUAAGCAAUUUACUACUGCAGGUAAUUUGAAAACACAUUUGAGAGUGCACACUGGAGAAACACAUUACAAGUGUGAUAUUUGUUUUAAGCAAUUUACUACUGCAGGUAAUUUGAAAACACAUUUGAGAGUGCACACUGGAGAAACACCUUACAAGUGUGAUAUUUGUUUUAAGCAAUUUACUACUGCAGGUAGUUGGAAAACACAUUUGAGAGUGCACACUGGGGAAAAACCUUACAAGUGUGAGAUUUGUUUUAAACAAUUUAUUACAGCAAGUAGUUUGAAAAUACAUUUGAGAGUGCACACUGAAGAAAAACCUUAACAAGUGUGAGAUUUGUUUUAAGCAAUUUAUUGAGGCAAGUAAGCUGAAAAUACAUUUGAGAGUACAUAUACUCCAUCUAAUUUACAUACCGUUGCACGUCAUCCGCGUCAUAGCCAGAGACGUCACAUGAUACCAACACGGAAUAUUUAGGCGAUAGGUGUGUUCUUUUUUAGAAUCACUUUGCCGAGUACAUUGGCGUUACAGCUACUACUACAGCUACUACUUAUCUCCCUUAUUCAAGAAAGGUCUCGAAUUCAUUCUUUAUAAAACCAGUCGAUAAAUCUGAACUGAUCCAAACAAUCAAUAGUAUCAAAAGCAAAUCCUCCUGUAGUACUGAUGGUCUAUCGAUAAAAAUUUUUUCUAAUCUCCCAGAAAAUGUGUUAGAAGUCCUCAUCUCACUGAUUAAUGAUUCCUCUGAGAAAGAUAAAUUUCCUGAGUGCCUGAAGCAGGGGCGUCAUUUGGGCGUCCAGGGGUGGCAUUUGCCCCCCUGGCCCUAAAAAAUGACUGAAAUUUACAAAAAAUACAUCAAUAUUCAUCAUAACAUCAUAUAUAAUGUAUUGUAUAUAUAGUGCUUGCCCCCCCCCACCAAACAAAAUUUCAAAUGACGCUCCUGGCCUGAAGACAGCCAUCAUUAUUCCUCUUCAUAAGGGUGGUGAAAUAUCUAAUACCUGCAAGUAUAGACCUAUUGCACUACUACCGGUACUCUCCAAAAUUAUUGAGAGACUCAUAAAAGACCGACUUAUGUCCUUUCUAGUUGAAAACAACAUUUUAUCACAAAAUCAGUUCGGCUUUUAAAUAAUAAAUGCACCACUGAUGCCAUCUUUUCUGUACUGCAUGAGGUUUAUCAAGCACUGAACAAUAAUCUUCACACUGCCACCGUUUUUUGUGACUACGCCAAAGCUUUUGAUUGUGUAAAUCAUAACAUUUUGAUAAGAAAACUAAAGGAAUUCGAGGUAUUUCUUUAGAUUGGUUCCAAUCUUACUUGGAUGAUAGGAAACAACUGGUUAGAGCAAAUGAUACAGACUCUAGUCUCAAAAACAUUGUAUGUGGGGUACCUCAAGGUUCAGUAUUGGGUCCUCUACUUUUCCUUAUCUUUAUUAAUGACAUCACUAGUUUAAAAAUCGAUGGAAAAGUCUUUCUUUUUGCUGAUGAUACCAGUAUCACUUGGAGCAACUCAAAUUAUUGCAACUCUUCAUGCUACUAUAACUUCUGAUCUACUUACAAUAAAAACCUGGUCUGACUCUAAUUUAUUCUCGUUUAACGUAGAUAAAACAGUAGCAUUGUCUUAUAAAGGAGUCCUUCAACCUUUACCUCUUAAUAACAGCCAGAUCAGUACCGUUGAUUCUGUAAAAUUUCUUGGUAUUUUUUUAGACAGCAACCUUAAAUGGUCCCACCAUAUCGAUUUGUUAAGGAAGAAACUAUCCUCAGCUUGCUAUGCUAUAAGAUCUGUUUCGAAUGAACUCAAUUUAGCAUCUUCCAAAAUAACAUAUUUUUCUUUGUUCGAGUCACAUCUUCGUUAUGGUCUUCCUUUUUGGGGUUCUGGUACAGCUGCCCAAUUCGAUGUUAUUUUCAAAUUACAAAAAAGAGCAAUUAUAUAUCUGUUUGGCCUCAGAAGAACAACACAUUGCAGAAGUUACUUCAAAGAUCACAGAAUUUUAACCCUUCCAUCUUUGUAUAUUUUAGAAACUGUUUGCUUAAUUCGUAAACAUCUACAUGUCUUUCCACCAAGACCUAAUCAUGACUACUUCACGAGAAAUUCUACGUUUGACGUCUAUAUGCCGACCCCGUCCUCUGAGUUAGUAAAGAAAUCUAUAUUAUAUUCCGCAAAAAAACUUUACAAUCAUCUCCCUCUACAACUUAAAUCUGGAGCAUCUUUCCCCAAAUUCCGUAAACUGACAAAAGCCUACCUAUCUGAAAGACCAUAUUAUUCAGUAGAAGAUUUGCUUAAUCAAUAACUAAGAAAUUACAGUACCCUUUGCACAAGCAGUAUUUUUAUUAUCAUUUUUUUGUCUAUAUUUGGGUGUCAUAUGCAGCAACUUAACUUUUAAACUUAUUAAUUACUAGGUAGACUAUGCAUUUGCAAUUUACUUAAAUUUUGCAAUUGAUUACUUCUGUUUAACUUCAUUAUUAUUGUUAUUAUUGUAAAUAUAUUGACGAUUUAUGUAAUUUUAGUAAAUUGAAUUGUUAUUGUUUUGUUUUCUUGACUUUUUAUAAGCUUUGUCGAUAAAAUUGUACAAUUUUGCAUGACAAUAAAGCAUAUUUCUAUUCUAUUCUACUAGGCAUAUUUUAUUAUAUACGCGUAGAAAUAAUAUUUAAGGCCAUGGGUACAUAAUUCGCAAAUAUUUUACGGCUUUCCCUACUUUUCCUGUCUUUACACGGCAAAUUACGUGUAGUGAAAUUCACACUGGUAUGGAUAUGUAAACAUUACUAGAAUGUCAUUCUACUUGAAAAUGUCAUCAUUAACUUAAAGAGAUGGCUUUUGACUGUUCUUGGAUAACUGCUAUUUGUAUAAUUGCAAAUUAUUAAUUCAGUUAAUAAAUGUGAUAUUUUUUUCACCAACUACAGUAGGAAAAAUGAAAGAAUACCCAUGAACCAACAUAUAAAACACGCUGUAUUUUCCUGUCACCGUGUCACAAAAAAUUGGCCAGCUCAAGUACAGUUGCGGUCAUUAAAUAGUUUACAGGAUUACGUAUCUAGGAGCCGAUUUUUAAAAUUUUUACCCCGUGUAAACGCACCUUUUACGUCAAAGUGACGUUACCAGUGGUGUACCUAGAAUGGGUUGAUUAAAAUUAAAAAAUCAAAAUAAUAUAUUUUACAAAAUUUAACAAAAUGAAAAGUAUAGAAAGAAGUCUUUUUGAAUAAACUUGAUUAUGGUAUUAAUAACGAAAAUAAGGAAGUCUGGUUUUAAAAUACCCUUUUAUUUUAAAUCUAUUUUAUAUUAAAUAUUGAUAAACACAUCUUUGUUUGAUUUUCCAUAUGCACAUAUGACUCACGUUUAAAUCUGCAGUAACGUGCCAUAGUGACCAACCUUCUUCGAGUUUGGCAACUGCUCUUGCUUUUUGCGCAUCACUCAAAUGCAUUAUAAUCAUUUUGGAGGAGUUUGAUAUCGUUUUAUUUUAUUUUUCAACAUUUCUGAAAUUUUUGACAAGCAUUGACUUUUUCAAAUUUUUUGACUUUGACAUUUAUCAAAUCCGUACGACACUGUUAUUUUUGCAGUAUUACAAUGUAAAAAUUAAAGUGUAAACUAUUCAGUGACCGUAACUGUACAUGUAAUAAUUAUUGUUACAUGUACUUGCACUGGACAAUUUUCUUUGUGACACGGUGACAGAAAAAUACAGCGUGUUUUAUAUGUUCGUUCAUGGGUAUUCUUUCAUUUUUCCGACUGUAUGUAUUCAGUGAUUGUAAUAAUUUAUAAGUAAAACAAAAACUAAUACUCAAUCGAGAAAAGUGUUAAAGUGAUUUUUUAAUAAUAUAUUGUUACUAUGGAACGCUUACAAUUUUGAACAUCUUUAACAACAAAAAAUACUUGGAUCACAGAAUAUUAUUAUCAAUUAUCCUGAUGUAGUCUCUGCUUGGAUCUUCCACAAAUAAUAUACAAUAAAUAACUUUCUAUUAAUUUCACGUCUUAAAUCAAUUAUUUAUCAAAUACACUAUAAAUCAACAUUAUUUAAUCAACAACUCAAAAUAUUCCCGAUGCCAUGUCAAAUAUUUAAAACUGUCACUGACAAUAUGCUGACAAUAUUCUAUUCGACUGGGUGCGUUGUAAGACAAAGAUAGAUUUGGAAAAUAUUACCACGGACAUUGUGUUCAUUUUUUUCGAAUCCUGAAAAAACCAAUAAAUAUUUUUGAAAAAUUUAAACGCAGAAUGAAAGACUAAAUUAUUACCGAGGGCCGAAAGUCCCUUAGAAUAAAUAAAAAGUUUAUUUUGAAUGAGAUAUUUGAAAUUAAAAAUCACACUAAAUUUUCUCUUAGUUUUUCACCCCUGUAACUUAUUAAAAUAAACAUUAUAGAAGUUCUCAGGGACUUUCGGCCCUCGCUAAUAACGUAAUCUUUCAUUCUGCGUUUAAAUUUUUCAAAAAUACUUAUUAGUUUUCUCAGGAUUCGAAAAAAAUGAAUCCCCAUUUGAAUAGCAUUGCAGCCGAAAAUACGUACCCAUCCUCUUAAAGAUUUCUAUUAAUGUUAACUUAAAAAAAUACACAAUAAUAUGUUUUAUUUAAUUUGUAUUAAUGGAUUAUAAAGCGUUUUUAUGAAGCACAUUCGUUCGGAAUACACUGUAACUAUAAUCGAACGAAUGUGAUAUUUUGGCAUAAAUUGGUAACAUUUAUUUGACAGUUGCGGUGAUGACACUUCAUAUUUGUUUAUAUUCUUUACUAUAAGUAUUUGUUUAAUUAUAUUUACUGUUUUUAUUAUGUAUUUUUACGUAAGAUUAUAACUUAAUUCUUGCUUUCUAUUUCUAAAGUUUUUAUUUAUUUACAUUGAAUAUUAAUUUGUUUUGCUGUAUAAUCCACUUCCGCAAAAAUUGUGAUGUAUUUGAUUUAAAAUUAAUUCAAGAAUUUUUUGUAAUUGGGCAACAAUGUCAACUUAAAUCUCUAUCGUAAAUAAUGACGUGCAAUGGUAAGUAAAUUAAACGGACUGUACUUAACCUGGCAUUAGUCGCUAGGUACAGUUACGAUCAUUUCAGGCCCAGACUGGGCCGGUGCGCCUUUUGCCUUCGUUAGUAUCUAUCCAUUAAAAAAAUUAAACGCUAAAUUUUUUUAACCUUUACAUAAAGGGUAGGCGGCUACCAUUCCCAUAAAAACUGUUUUUACUUAAUGAAGAAACAGAAACUGCUAGAGAAACUUACAUAGUGAAGCCAGUGAGUACAACAAAGUAUAACUUGUACCAGGUAUCAGAUAAUCAAAUAGCACAUAUACGACUAUCGGCGCACUCGAAGACAAUUUUUAGGAUUCGGACGCCUUUCGUAGGUAUCAAUAUCCGCUGUUUCUAUUAUAAUACAUAGCUUAGGUUCGACGCGCGGCGCCCUCGAAGACAAUUUUUACGAUUCGGGCGCCUUCCGUAGGAAUCAAUAAUUUCCGCUGUUUCUGUUAUAAUAAAUAGCUUAGAUACGAAUCACGGCGCCCUUGAAGACCAUUUUUAGAUUUCUUUGCCUUUUGUAGGUAUCAAAAUCCGCUGUCGCUGUCUCUAUUAUAAUAAAUAGCUUAGAUACGACGUACGGUGCCCUCGAAGACCAUUUUUAGAUUCUGGCGCCUUUUGUAGGUAUCAAUAUUCGCUGUUUAUAUUAUAAUAAAUAGCUUAGAUACGACGCGCGGCGCCCUCUAAGAUAAUUUUUACGAUUAGGGCACAACUUCGUAAGUAUAAAUUUCCGCUGUCUCUAUUAUAAUACAUAGCUUAGAUACGACGCGCGGCGCCCUCGAAGAUAAUUUUUACGAUUUGCUUAUCUGAUACCUACUGCACAUAUGUACUACCAGUUUCGGUUUUUCCUGAUCAGGUCGUGGGACCUUUCCUAGACUCCCUCAUCUAGAAGUCCAGGUUCCAAGACUAUUACAAAGUCGCCUGGAGGUGUAUUUCCUCUUCUCGGUUUGACGACCGUAAAGUGAUCUUCCCAUUCGAAUUUAUAAUUUUAAUUUUUUCAAAGCCUCUUUCCCUUGAGUUCAGCAUCGUUGCGAUCAUUUGUAUUUUUCUUUUACUAAGUUAUUCGGGAAAGAACUCUUUGUGUGUCUUUUUUUUUGUAAGCAUUUAUUAACAAUCAGAAUUACAUAUUCUAUAAGCUAAUUUGAUAACAAGUACAAUAACAUAUAUCAAUGUAUUAUUGUACACUAAAAUGGCGUUAUGAGGUACAUCACCCAGCGGUUUCACCUCAGUUUCAGCGAAGAUCUAUGGGCCAUAAUCUUCGCAAUCUUCUGUUGUUUAGUGGCUGCAGUAAUGGUAAUAUUAAUUGGUUGGGGUGGUCUUCCAAUUUCUCGUGAUGUCUGUUGGCUCUUUCUUGAAUUACUGUGCUGACUAACGGGAUGUUUAGGUCUGUAUGAAGGGUUUGGUUGGAAAUGUACCACGGGGCAUUUGCGAUGAUGCGUAGAAUUUUUGAUUGAGUUCUUUGGAUAAUUUUUGUGUUUGAUUUGCUGGCACAACUCCAUAGUUCUAUACCGUACGUCCAUAUAGGUUUGAUGACUGUUUUAUAAAUCAGCAGUUUGUUCUGGGAAAAGUGUUUUUUUUUGUGUGUCUGGGAAAGUCCAUUUGUGUGUAUACGCUUGCCGCCUCUUAGUCGUUCCUUCCUCAUCGCUUUUCUCCGGUUUUUCUAUUUCGGUUCUCAAUGCUGCCGAGGGCGACUUCUCUGAAAGUGCCCUCCAUGUCUUCGGUGGACAGUGGUCUUCGUUAGUUUAAGGACAGCGAGAGACGGUUCCCCAAUAGGAAGACGAUCAGAGGGAAGACCAAGAAAACGAUGGAACGACAACUGACUAGAGGCACAUUGAAAAAAGAGACAGUCAUGUCUAUACAAAAGGCAGAAGAUGUAUUUGGUGACACUUUUAAGGUUUUUUACCUCAUUCUUGAUUUCGACUUUCGUGUUCUUAUGGUCGGACAUUAGUUUCACUAAAUUAUUUGUAACUCUGGUAAGUUUAUUCAUUGCUCUUACCAUAGCCGUUAUAUCGGAGCUCUACUCCUCUCUAGAUCUUUUCUCCCCAAGUGAGGAGCUCCUUUGCAAGGUUACCUCCGCUGGAAGAUCCGUUUUGUUCAGGUCCCUUCCGCUGACCGGAAUUCUUCCAACAGAUCCUCUUUUUCCGAAGUCUCCUUCUUCUUUUCUUCUUCGCUAAGUACUUUCCAUUUGUUCCCUUCACUACUGAUGAAUACCAUAUUAUCAUCUCAUUCAGAGCUUGUUCCAGCUUGCAUCACCACCGGCAUCACCCGGAGUGUUAGAGCGCUCUAAAAUUUGAAAAAAUUCAAAAAGUGGCUUAUAUUGAACACCAAUCAUGAUUUUGGUUAAAUGUUUUUGAACCAGUAAAUUCCUCUGUAGAAGCAGUUAAAAAAUUACUCAAACUUUUCAAAAAUUUGUUUUAAGUCUCCAGAGAGCACCAAAAAAUGUAACGGAAUAAAAGGGAUACUGGGAAACUGAAGCUAUAUUUUUAUGGCAUCUUAAUAUAAUUUACUAUUUCCAAUAAAAAUAGUAAAUUACUUUAUAGAUUUAAAUCAAAAUAAACUUAAAAAAAUCACAAGUAUUUAAUUACUUUACAUGCGUUAGGAUUUGACAAAAGUGUGAUGUAAAGAAGGUGGGUUGGGGGGGCGCCUUUGUUUAGAGAUUAGGUGGCGCCUUUUUUAGGAUUUGGGUUGGCGCCUUUUUUAUGAGCCAGUCCUGGAUCCUUUAAUAGUUUAAUUACGUAUCUAGGAGCCAAUUUUUUUAAUUUUUACCUCGUUUAAACCCACCUUUUACGUCAAAGUGUCGUUAACAGUGGUGUAUCUACAAUAGGUUGAUUAAAAUUAAAAAAUCAAAAUAAUAUAAAUAUUAUUGUGUAUCAAUUUAUCAAUCAAAGAUAGAAUAAAAUUUUUAUUUUUUUUAUAUAACGCGGGCACAUAAAUUUGAUACACCCUGUAUAUUGAUUUGUAAAUAUUUAUUAGAAGUUAGCUUUCACGUAAGUAGGUUUCUCCUUUAAUGAGUUUUUCCAUGAAGAAUUAAAGACAUUUGUAAAUAAUUAAAGUGAGAGGAACAUUUGUUUAGGAUUAUGAUUUAAAAAGAUUGUUUAUUACGGGAAAAGUAGAAUCCACAGGUAGCGGUAAUUAUUAGUUUUUAGAAAAAUAGUGUAAAAGAAAGUUUGGAAUUUUAAUCUCUUUUUGUUUAACCCCGAGUAAAUUUUGUAGAAUUUCCCGAAAUUAAUUAUUAUGAUGGUAGGAAUAUUUUUGAAAGUAUGCAUGGUUUUUUCUAAUGAAAAGAGAGGAAGGUGGAGAGAGAAAUGUUUCUGAUUGGCUAGGCAAUUUGGAAUGGGGAAAGAGAAGUUUGAAAGUUGAGACAGUUUGGAAAAAGAAAAGAUUAUUAUGUGAUCGGCAUCGCUGAAGAGCAGUCAACGUUUUCGUGGAUAGUUAAAAAGCAAGUACCAGUGGUUGUUUGAUAGUCGAGUGUGGAGCUGAAAAGUGGAACGAGAGACAGAUCAAAUUGAGAAGAAAUACCUCUUUGAUUCUGCAUUAUUGUGAGAAGGAGAGGAGAGAACUUUUGGAGUUGUUUGAAUCGAGUACUGGUUAAAAGAGGCCUGGCUCGUUGUUUUUUUUUUUGGAGAAUUAGUGCUGGUAUGCUGUUAGAUUGAAGCUUGAGAACGGAGAGGGCUUUGAUGGAUAGCCUAACAUAGUCAACAAGGGAGAGCUGUUUUGGGUCAAGAGGAGACAUCAGAGUGAGUGAAGCAAAAGGUCAGUCAAUUUAUGUGAAAGAUAUUUUUAUGUUCGGAAACUAUAAUUUUGAAUAAAAGCAUAUGAAUUAAGAUUCCAAUAUUUCAAAAAUUAAAUAGGAAGUAUAAGUAAUUUUGCGAAUACCUAAAUUUGUUUGUUUAGCUUGUUUUAUCAAAGUCAUCGGGAACAAACCGAUAAAUUUUUAUUUGAACUAGAAUAAAUUUAAGUGGUAAAAAUUUCAUUCGGACAGCUAUGUCCACAGGUUUUAAUUUGAUCGAUUUUUAGAGUAUUGAUUUUGAUAA